UUGCUGGAAUUAAAUUAAAUCUCAAAAGGUUAUUUGGCAUAAAUAAAUAAAAAAAGUUGACCCGACCCACCACAGAAGCAGAGUUGAUGAUAAACAACAACAAUCGUCUUCUUCUUCUUUCAUCUUUCUCCAUUCAAGUCAUCUGUAAGAAUGAUUUCUCUGGCUCUCCCAACCUCAUCGUCUUACACUCUCACCACCACAACUGCCGCCAUCAAGAUCAGGCUCAGGACUAGAGCUUUCCUCAAAAAAUCUACCCCCCAAACCCAAACCCAAACCCAAACCCAACUUCAACUUUCACCUCUAUCUCCCCUUGUUCAAAAUACUUUGAGGGUGCUUGAGUGGGAUAAACUCUGCGAUUCCGUUGCUUCCUUUGCUGCUACCUCCUUGGGUCAACAAGCCACCAAGGCAGACCUACUGUCUUUGAAUCAGUCAUACCAAGACAGUUUGAGACUAUUGUCAGAGACCAAUGCCGCCGUUGAAAUGCACAAGCAUGGUGGUUGUGUCAUGGAUUUCACUUGCAUCGAUACCGCAUUGGUCAAGUCUGCUGUACAACAUGCUCACAGAGGCUUUCCUGUUGAUGGACUUGAAGCAAUGGCUCUUGUAGCCAUGUUCCAGUUGGCUGACUCAUUGCAGAUCAAUCUCAGAGCUGCAAUAAAGGAAGACUCUGAUUUGCUACUGCGUUUCAUGCCAAUUGCUGAAAUGAUCAUGGAUAUGUCCGUUAGUCGCCCAUUGGUAAAGUUCAUACAGAAACUUGUAGAUGAAGAUGGCUGUGUCAAAGAUACUGCGAGUCCUUCCUUGAAACGAUCUCGUGAACAAGUGCGGCUGCUUGAAAGAAAGUUAUGCCAGUUGAUGGAGAGUUUAAUCAGUAGUGAGAUGAAAGAAACAUCAUCUGUGGAAGUAAGCAACACUGAUGGAAGAUGGUGUAUAAAAUCAGGAACUGAUCUAAAAAGAAGCUUUGAUGGUUUGUUAUUAUCAAGUGGCUCAGGCACUGGAACCCUUGUGGAGCCACUUUCUGCUGUUCCAUUAAAUGAUGAGUUGCAACAAGCUAGAGCUUCAGUAGCUAAGGCUGAAGCCGAUGUGCUUUUAGAAAUAACACAAAAGAUGCAACCAGAUCUUGAUGACAUAGAAAAUUUGUUUAACACGACAAUCAGAUUAGAUGUGAUCAAUGCUCGGGCAACAUAUAGUAUUUCAUUUGGUGGCACUUACCCAGAGCUGUAUUCUUCUGAGGAUUCCUCAGUUGUAUCACAACUUGCUGAGACGAAAUGGAAAUUGUAUCUCCCUAAAGCUUAUCAUCCUCUAUUACUUCAACAGCAUCGACAAAAAUUGCAGAAGGCUAUGAAGGAUGUCAGUGAUGCUACUGCUGAAAUUAGAAGGAGAAGACAGCAGGCUGGCAUAGCCACUCAGAGAGAAGAAGAAACAUAUUCAAGUCUCUCGUCUUUAGAAACGCAGGUUGCAAAGUUAAAAAAAUCAUCCCCUGUUCCUGUCGACAUAUUUGUUGCACAGCGAACUAGAGUAUUGGUCAUAACUGGCCCAAACACCGGGGGAAAGACCAUUUUCUUGAAGACAGUUGGGUUGGCUGCAAUGAUGGCGAAAUCAGGUAUAUAUGUGUUGUCAUCUGAACCUGUGAAGAUGCCAUGGUUUGAUUCCGUAUUUGCUGAUAUUGGUGAUGAACAGUCUUUGUCUCAAUCUUUGUCCACCUUCUCUGGCCAUUUGAAACAAACCAGUGACAUACUGUUGCAUUCAUCAAGCCAAUCAUUAGUUCUCUUAGAUGAGGUUGGUGCUGGUACGAAUCCCCUGGAAGGUGCUGCUCUGGGUAUGUCACUCCUAGAAUGCUUUGCUGAAGCUGGAGCUUUGUUGACAAUGGCUACUACCCAUCAUGGCGAACUUAAAACCCUGAAGUACAGCAAUGAUGCCUUUGAAAAUGCAUGUAUGGAGUUUGAUGAAGUGAAUUUGAAGCCGACGUAUAGGAUCCUUUGGGGAAUUCCAGGACGUUCAAAUGCAAUAAACAUAGCUGAAAGGCUAGAACUCCCGAAUGUGGUUGUAGAUAAUGCUCGUGAACUCCAUGGAACAGCUAGUGCAGAGAUUAAUGAGGUUAUAGAAGAUAUGGAGAAGUUCAAGCAGCAACUUCAUGAGCAUAUUCAGGAAGCACGACGUCAUCUUAAGCUUGCUAGGGAACUUCAUAGAAAUCUAGUGGUUACUGAACGUAGGAUUAGCGAACAUGCCACCAAUCAAAGAUACAGAAAAAUCCAAGAAAUAUCGAAUGCUGGAGGAGGAGCGCGUUCCAUGCUUCACAAGAAAGUGCGACAGCUUCGUGCAUCCCCAAAUUUAGCUUCUAAGGGAGACCAUAUGGUGAUCUCUAGCAUUCAAUCUACUCAGAGAGAAGAAGAUGCUGUUUCCACAGGAAUGUUGAGCAAGAGCAAUGUGCCAUUAGAAAAGAGGAGCAAAGUUCAUAUGGUGAAGGCUGGUGAUAUGGUGCAUGUUUCUAAACUUAACAAGAAAGCGACCGUGUUGAAAGUAGAUCCUAGUAAAGAAGAAAUACUAGUUCAAGUCGGGAACUUGAAGUUGAAGUUGACACCAGGAGAUGUAUUUUGACAGGAAUCAAUUACAAAGGAAUACUGUAGAUAGCAGCGAUACUCGUAGAUAUUCAAAAUGGCACCAGUUUUACUCCCUAACACAAAUAUGUUUGCUGUUUGGUUUAUUUCAUGCUGUUGGUUGAGGCAUUGAUUCAACCCAAAUAUUACCUGCAUGGGGACCUUGGGCCAAUCUACUACACGCUAAUGAUGGUCUUUUAGAUUUAACAUCCUA